AUGAUUCUCUGGUUUGAUGUUCAUUUGAUGGCCUCGUUCUCCUGCUUGAUCCUCUUGGAUCCGAGCGUUCAAGUUCGGGUCUACUUCAUCUUCUACUUGGCCUUAUUGACCCUUCCAGCAACGUUCAUCGUUGCCUUUGGAAAUGCUCACUGGAUGAAGGCAGCGUUCUUCUGCCAGCUGAUCCGAUCCCUGUUCAUUGCAUUUCACAAUAUCACCUAUCCGAUCUUGGUUGCCUCCUGGACAGCAGUCGAGAACAGGCAAGCUUUCCAAGAAGCAUCCAACGAGGAGAUCAUCUUCUCCUCUGCGGGCUACGGAUUCUUGAUCUUCUUAUUGAGUACAGCAGCUUCCAUCUUCGAGCCAGCCAAACUCUAUCACAUAUGUCAUCUCCAACGGAUGCUAGCUGAGGCUCCAGAGUUGGCCGACUCUGAUGUCGAGAUGGACGACGUGAAUGACGACACAAUCAGCGAGACAACUGAUGUUUCUUCUUUCGUGGACCUUGGCCUCACUGGAAAGAUGAACGUUGUCUAA